CCCACUGGUUCUGAUCUGUGCCAAUUAAACUUCUCUCCUAUAUUUGCAGUUCUUAAACAAACUCCAGGGCCACAUCUGCAAAAUCAAUACCCCGCUCUGCACUGGGAACAUGAAAUCGGCUUGGCCUUCACCAAGAACCGGAUGAACUACACCAACAAAUUCCUGGUGAUCCCAGAGUCAGGAGACUAUUUCAUUUACUCCCAGAUCACAUUCCGAGGAAUCACAUCUAGGUGUGGUGAUAUCAGCCAAGGGAAACAACCAAACAGGCCAGACUCCAUCGUCGUGGUUAUCACCAAGGUAACAGACAACUACCCCGAGCCUGCCCAUCUCCUCACAGGGACCAAGUCUGUGUGUGAAAUAAGCAGCAACUGGUUUCAGCCCCUCUACCUUGGGGCUAUGUUUUCCUUGGAAGAAGGGGACAGGCUGAUGGUAAAUGUCAGUGACAUCUCCUUGGUGGAUUACACAAAAGAAGAUAAAACUUUCUUUGGAGCCUUCUUGCUAUAAGGGGACAACAGCUGUAAUCAUGCAGGGCCUCCUUGCCUCCUGCUUUCCAAUAUUCUUUGCUCACGAAACUAUAAUCAGGGGUGUGGGGGAUCAGGGAUAGGGGACAGUGCUUUAGCUACAUAAUUUAGGAACCCAAAGUUGAUCCUCUAUAUACCUUAUGGACUGAAAUGGUAAAUGGAAAAUUCAGAAGAGCUCAUGUUUGGUAGAGACCUGCUGGGUUUUUGAAACACCCAUCUCCAAUGGCACAAUCGACUGCUCUCAGGACAUGAUGUUUCUGAGGUGCCCUCCUUCCUGUUCAAUGAUCAACUAAGGAUGCUUAGUCAGCGACUCCAGUCUGGCUCCAUGGUCAGAAAAGGAGAAUGAAAUGUUCUGCCUGCCUCUAUCUCCAUGGUGCGUGAGAGCCUCGAGCAGCAUGGACUUACUGGAAAGGACUUGAACAAAAGCAGCCAAAGUGACCUGCUCACCUCCUCCACUAAACCCAAGCUUUGUGUCAAGGGCCUUCAAAGCUGCCCAUGGGGGAUCUGGAUGGCUUGAAAGUUUAUCCAAGACAGGGAUCUCCUGGUAUCCUGAGGUGCUUGAGGCUCUGGAAAGGUCCCCACCACGUAUUCAUUUUGCCCCUGAUUGUUGAA